GAGCACUAGUCUUUUCAAAAAAGCCGGCACUUCCCCACAUCUUGAAAGGAGCGUUGUCGCAGCAGGAGCGAGGACUGCCCGUACGCGGCGCGCAGGCAGUUCGGGGCAAUACGAGGAACACACAGGCAGCAGCAAUAGCAGUAGAUCAGGAUCGAGCGCAGCCAUGGCAGACGUCGUGUCCGCGUUCCUGCCGCCGCAGGACAUCCAUCCUAACAACGCCGUGUUCGCCGCUCGCAGUCUGCCACGUCCGCUCACGUGGCAACGGCGCGAGCACAUGAUGCACCGCCGUACGAUCCUCACGCGUAUCGGACAGCUGCUAGUACGCAACGCACAGCUCGUGCUUAGUCAGCAGGGAGACGCCGUCACGGGCGGCACAGACCUCAGCAAGACGUGGGUUCUGGCACGCAAGCUGGAGGUUCUCAUGUUCAUCCACUCGGCGUCGCUGCUCGAAUACGUUAAUAUGGACAGUCUGGCACGCCGCGUGCAGGCGUUGACGGCUGGUAUCGUGAACAAGAAGAUCCGUCGAGCCACAACUGUGAUGCCGCCUAACGAGGCCGGUAUAACUCCAAUGAUGCCGCCACAAACAGCAGUUGGAGCUGGCAAUAUCGCUGCACGUGUGCGCUGUCCACCGACGGUGUCGCCUGUGGUCCAUCCAGCUCCAACCCCACAGAUAGCAGCACAAACAUUCAGUCCGUCGUCGACAGGCUCCGCUACGCCGCCAGUGGCUUCUGCAGGUGGCAGCGUCCGCCCACUCCCGCGCAUCUCGCAUCUGAUUCACAAGCGCAGUAUCGACGAUACGGACUGCGAUCAUGUGGACGAUAUGGACGCUCGUAAGCGGAUGCGCAUCGCAUUGAUGCCAGAGCAGGAGCCCGAGACGGAGCUGGAGGACAAGCGUAAACCUAGUGAACUGGGCAUUCUAUUGUUCCGUGGCUACGAGGAACUAAGCAAGAUCAUCUGGAGCUACGUGGAUGGCGUGCAGAUCAUGCGUUCGCGUGGUGUCUGCCGUAUUGCCGUCGCCCUGGCCCCACUAUUUGUGACGUCGCUGCAGUUGAGCUGCAAUGCCGUGCAAAGGGCGCUUGCUACACGCACUGGAGGGGAUGCAUGUAUCUUACGUGAAUGUAUCCAUCUUCGUCACUUGGAAAUUGUAUCGCUGUCGGCAGGAAUGACGUUCGGGAAGCUCUCAAUGCGCGCUACCAAUUGUCCGCAGCGGUUCGUGGUAACACACGAUGAUCACGAGCAGAUUGUGGUGUCCAUGGCGGAGCAGAUGCGUCGGAAUACGUUCCCAGGACUCUCACGUCUGAGUAUCACGUGCUUAUUCACGAACGAGGAGGCUGAUGGAGAAGCCGACGUCCUGUUGAACGCGUUGAUGCUUGGCUGCUGUCCGAGUAUCGAGGAGCUGUGUCUGCCUGGCAACAGUUUCGGUGACUAUGGAGCGACUAAAGUGGCGCAGAUGCUGCGCUCUCAGGUGUGUCCGAAGCUCACGAGACUAGAUUUGCGGCGUAACUUUAUUGGGGAGGACGGGAUUCGCAGCUUGUGCCACGCACUGGCCGAUGGCUGCGCGCCCAACCUCACGGAGCUGUGCUUGGGCGGCAAUACAAUCACAGACUCGAGUUUCCAUCACGUGUUAUAUGCGAUGGAGAGUCGACAGUUAAAGAAAUUGCGCUUCUUGGGGAUCGAGAUGAAUUAUCUGACUGCGACUAGUAUGGAGAUGUUGGGACGGACAGUGGGGAAGUUGGUGUGUCCCGUGCUCUCGCAGAUCUCGUAUAGUGACAACAGUGUGGACAAUGACUCAGCCAAGAGGCUGAUCGCGACGGCCGUGUACCAAGAGCGUGUGCGGCAGGCCAAGCGUCAGCAGCGGAUCCGAGAUGGCACCAUCAGCGAGGACGAGAGCUCUGGGGACGAGCAGCUCUCCGACGAGGAAAUGGUGUGAAGAGUGUUUGUAGAUGUCAGCGACGAUGAGUGGGGAGAGUCUCUGCUAGAGCUUGGACUGUCUGUCGCCACUAUUUAACAAGAGGGAAGGAGCGGAACCCCAUAAUUUAUACAUCAAGCCUCUUUCAGUGUAACUCUAUUAGUUCUAGCAGGCAGUUUGCAGGUUUGUCAGCUCAGCGUCGGCGAAGCGAACAGGUUCGUUCCAGUUGGGGGCGUUGGGGUCGAGGGUGAACACGAUGAGUUGCAGUUCCCGGUUUGAAGUCACAUGGGCAGGUCGCGGCGUAGGAAGGAACGUGUCGUCUGGGAUGCGUUCAAAUCGGAAACCAAAUGCUACUGCUUCCUUGAAAAGCAGAUCUUCUGUCGACUGCGCGCGGCACACGAAGCCGCAGCAGAACUGGGUUUCUAACGGGUUGUUCGAGCGUAGCAGUAAGUAUUUGAUGGUCUGCAGAAUGGGCUUGACGAGCAUUGGCCAGCACACGACGUCAGAACCGAUGAGCACGUCCACGGGGUACGGGAAUGCGUGUUCGAAGGCCUCGACGCUCUUGUGGUCUCCCCACAGCAGAGGCAACGCCUGCACUUUGCUGGAGUCGGCGUUGGUCUCUGCGUUCUCUUCCAGCAGCUCUAGCACGAUAUCAUUGCCGUCCGUUAAGGCGGUGUGGGAUCUAUAAAUCGCAAGAAGAUAAGCAGCCCCCAGGUCAAGUAUACAAAACAAGACAAGUUGCAGAGGAAAGUGAAGACGCACGCGAACUGCGAGGCGACGAGGCCGCUGAGACCCGCACCGGCGCCAAGCUCCACGACAUUCUUGCCGGCAAUUUCGUCCCGAUGCGCUACGAGAUACCAGGCUAGGAAGGCGGAGACUGGCCACACCACUUGGCCCGUGAGGUCGUGGUCGGUGGAUGCGGCGUGGGAGGACAGCAGUUUCUGCUUAACCACGCCGAAGUCAAACUCCUGCGACUCGUAGCUGAAUAUACAGGAAAGUCAGCGCUACGGAAGAGGUGGUAGUACGACAGGGUCAACGCACUUGGGACUCACUCGCGGUUCACGAACAGGUCGGUGCUAAAGAAGUCCUCAUAGUCGCUGGUCAUUUUGCAACAACAAAAAAUAAGAUCAAAAGUGCGCAUUGGUUUCGGCCCACUUUUGAUCUUUUUUACACUACAAAUAGUUAAGGAGAUUUUUCCAGUUGUAGAGAAGUUUUGUCUACGGCUUUUCAGCAAUAACACAGUUUAAGAGCGACAACACAGGUUUUAGAAAUAUGAUUUGCUAUUUGUGACGAC